GUAGCCUGAGUUAGUACCCACCUCCAGGCGGCAGCUACCCGCUUUUCCUAUCCGUGGACUGGACUGGAGGCGCGCCUUGACCAGGCAUGACCGUGUCGGCACAGACGCCAUACAUUCGUUCUUUGAUGCCAUGUUACUUCUUUGUCCGCAUUGCAGCUGACGAACUCAUAUCCAACAAAGCCAGCUGCUCCCUUGAAACCGAAAAAAACUUGACGACACCCUCGACCGACCGGCCGACCGAUUAUCCUCUAGCUGGUGGCACAAUGCUGGCUCUCCUAUCUACACCUUUACCACCCUAACGCGACGCACAUCAUGGCAGACCUUCGGGCCGGCCAGGCCGUUCUCCUCAAGAAUGGCCUGAAAGGCACAGUCCGUUUCUAUGGACAGACUGAUUUCGCGCCAGGCAUCUGGGUCGGCGUGGAGCUGGAGGAGAACGCGGGCAAGAACGAUGGCAGCGUCAAAGGCAUCCGUUACUUUGACUGUGCCAAGGAUCAUGGCAUGUUCCUCAAGCCUGAAGCGGUGCAGCCCAUUGCACAGCCGCCCGCCAAGGCUCCCCUGAGCAAGCCGUCACGGCCGAGCAGCUUCAAUCCUGCGGCUGGUCGAGUCUCGGCAGCAGGCGACGUGGCCUUGAACAAGCGGAGGAGCCUGAAUGCGCCUAGUCCAAGCCCUGUGUCCAAGGCGCCUAGGCCAUCUAGCAUGAUAAGGUCUCCAGCCAAGUCGCCAACCAAGCAGCUUGCGAGCGGGCCGCCAAGCUCCUCAACCUCCCGAAUAGGCACUCCUCUCGCUCGCGUACCAUCAGUCGGGUCAAAGACACGCCCCCCUGCUGGUGGCACAAGGACGUCUAUGGGGCCUCCUGCAGCGCCUGCGACGCGACGGCCAAGCGCUCCAACCACUACAGCACGACCGGGCGGCGUCCCAGCACGGACGCUCAGCGGGCGUUCUUCCUUGGCUGGACCACGGGCUGGGGCUCGUUCAGACACAUCACGAAGACCUUCGGCAGAUUCUGGUGCUGGCAGGGACAGCGGGAGAGAAGACUCGGCAGACGGAGUUGGCUCCCCGCUGAAAGACGAAGUCGAGAUACUGUCGCCGCAACCGCGCAGCCCUGCCGCUACACGAUCGAACACAGUCGAGAAGCUCACGGCGUCUGCCAACGGCAAUGGGGCGAGAAAAAGUCCCGCGGCCGGACGUGCCCGUGAUGCCCCCGGCGGUGCUGCAGCUUCCACACGCGAGCUGGAAGAACUCAGGGCCAAGGUCAAAAUCUUGGAACGCAAGCGCGGCGAGGAUAGGGAAAAGCUGCAGCAACUCGAAAAAGUCCAGGGCGAGAGGGACAAGUUUGAAAACAUCAUCCAGAAGUUGCAACAGAAAUAUCAGCCUCUACAACAGGAGAAUUCGGAACUCAAAAGGGAAAUAAAGGAGGCUCAAGACAAGUUCCAGUCUAUCGAGGAUUUCCAGGCCUCUUACGAGACAGACCUGGAAAUGGCCAGGUUGGACCGCGAAUUGGCAGAGGAGGUCAAGGACUCUCUCCAGUACGAGCUUGACGAGCUCAAGAUCCGAGCACAAGAGCUGCAGCUCGAGUUGGAGCUCGCCAAGCAUGAGAAUGAAGGACUCACCGAAGGCAUGAGCUCCGAGGAGAGAGCAAGUGCCGGCUGGCUGCAAAUGGAAACAGACAACCAGCGCAUGCGGGAAGCGCUUGUUGCGCUACGGGACAUAACGCGAGAGACAGAGCAUGAUCUGCGAGACCGGAUACAGACACUCGAGGAAGAGACAAAGGACCUCGGCGAGCUCCGGGAGCGAUACGAUAACGCGCAAGUCGCUCUCCAACAUACCGAGCAGCUUGUUGAGGAGCUCAAACUCCAGCUCGACGACGCGCUUGGCGCCACCAAAACCAUCGAAGACCUGUCGGAACAGAAUCUUUCCUUGCUGGAGAGGAUUGCGACCCUCCAAGGCGCUGUCGAGGAGCUCGAGAGCCUAAAUGAGCUCAGUAACGAGCUCGAGGCCAAUUAUGUACAGCACAACAAGGAGCUGAUGACUGAGAUCGACUUCAAGGACGCCGUCAUCCAGGAGCAGGCUCGUCGCUAUGAUGAGCAGAGAACCAACCUCAACGAUCUCGAGCACACGCUAUCCCGCUUCCGUGAGUUGGUUACGACUUUGCAGAGCGAUCUCGACGACAUGCGCGCUACGCAAGCCGUUACCGAGGGCGAGUCCGAGAAGCUCAACGAGCGGUCGCGUGCGAUGCAGGAUCUGAACAUGAAGCUUCAGAUCUCCGCCUCCAAAGCGCAGGCCAAGUCGAUUGAUCUCGAGUUACGACGCCUCGAGGCGCAAGAGGCAGAACAGCAUCUCGUCAUUGUCAAGCUCUUUCUACCCGACAGCUACAAGGAAGAUCAAGAUUCCGUCUUGGCAUUCCUACGUUUCCGCCGUCUGGCUUUCAAGGCUGGUCUGCUGAGCAGCUUCAUUAAGGAGCGCGUUACCGGGCAGCCCCAACCUGGCCACGAGAAUGACAACAUUGCUGGCUGCGACGCCAUCGACAAGCUUGUGUGGCUCUCGUCCACAUGCGACCGGUUUGUCCAUGACAUGUCAUGCUGUUCCGUCGAGCAAUUCUCGAAAUACGAGAAUGCGCUCCACGAGCUCGAGUCCGUCGAGCGUGCACUCAAUGGGUGGAUCGAGGGCUUGCGCCGCGAGGAGUUCAAGGAACAGAAGUGUGCGGACGAGCUCCAGCGCACCAUGUCGCUCAUGACGCACCUCGCCGAGGUCCAUAUCCCCGAGAGCCUCGCAAGCUUCGCCGAUGAGUGCCACGCCAAGUCUGUCACCAUGCACAGCCAGCUCGACUCUGCAGCGUUGGUCUUGACGACUCUGCGGAACAUGGUGCAAAGGGUCAUCCCGGCGGCGGGCGAGGAAGAUGAGCUUGCCGAGCACUUUGCCCAGAGAAUGGACGCUGCCAUUUCCAAGACCCGUAGUGUCAAGGUCGCGGCACAAAAGACGGUCCGUUCUCUCGAUGAGCAGAAGAAACGGUCGCUGGCUCUGCUUCCCGAGACGCGCGACUAUUUCGAGCAAACUGAGCAUGCGACCCAGCAAGUGGUCGAUCUUGCUCGCCAUGUCGGUUACGGCGUGCACAAGCUGAUGACCCAGGACGAAGGCCGCACAGAGCCCUUCACCUACAUUGAGAUACAGGAAUGUAUCCAACGCCUGGUCCUCGAGGCCACGCUGGCCAACGAGUCUGAUAUCCUCUCCGAGUAUGUCAAGAAACUCGAAGUCGCCGGCAGUAAGUUCAGCGAUUUGUCCGUCAUGGCAGACGAUCACGAGCAAAUGGUCGAGUUCGACGUCGGUGCCGCCCCUUGGAAACUCCGCUCCGCGCAGCUCAAGGCUCUCAAGACCGUUCCGCUUGACGCCGAGGAAGAGCUCCGGCGGCUCAAGGAGGAAUGCUCCGAGUCUCGACGCACGAUUGCUCAGCGCGAUGAGAACCUCAGUACUGCUAUGCUCAAGAUCGACACCCUCGAGGCCCGCAUGCGUGAUGCCCAAGCCAACUUGGAGCGCAUCACGACCUUGCAGACUGAGUUGCAGGCUGCUGGCGAGGAGGUCGCUGGCCUCAAGGAGGAGAUUGCAAAGCAGGACCAUGAGCUCAAAGACCUCGAGUCGGAGCGUGACAAGUGGCAGAAGAUUGCCAGCGAUAGCCAGGCCUUUGCCGACACGGCCGAUGCGGCGGGCGCCAAGGCAGGCCAGGAGCGUGCCGUUGCCACUGCCCGCGAGAUGGACGCGCUCAAGAAGGACAUUGACAGUCUUCAGGCAGCCGUGCGCUUCCUGCGCGAGGACAACCGCCGCGCUCGUCUGACCGAGCAGCCCAAACACGACUGGCUUGCGGAGCCCCUCAAGAAGCCUGCCAGUGCCGCCGCGCAGCACAGGGCGCUUGUCGCGUCCGAGGGCCGAGAUGUGCUCGGCGAGCUCGUGAAGAUGGCUACCUCGUCCACCGUAUUCGACUUUAGCAAGCUGCCCGAGGACAAGCUUGCGUGGCGUCCGGCCCGAGCCACACCGCAGUACCACGCUGCGAAACAGCGUGAAGACUACGAGGCGUGGAAGGACUGGCAGUCGUCGGUACUGAGGAAGACGGAGCUGCUUACGAUUGGGAAACGUGCCGGUAGAGAAAAGAGGCUAAUGGCAGACCCAGCAGCGCGCUUGCAGAUUCGGUUGCCCGGCUCUGAUGGCAAGAUGCUGGCCGGGUCUGGACAACGUGUACAAAUCGUCGGAUCACAGGAGUGGGAGUCCCUGCAGGGCCGACUGGGCGCGACUGCUUGAGUUGAAGUUCCGUUUGUCUUUGUGUAGUGGGAGCGGAUACCCCUGAUCAUACUGUGUUUUCUUCCUUUCAAGCCGCAGAGUAGCUUUGUGAAAGUGUGUAUAGCCAUCCAUCA